AUGAGUGGUGUUGAAGUAUCAUCAACUGUUACACGUGAACAAUUAGAAGCUGCAUCUGGUGGUGAAUUAUUACAUAGUGAAGCUGGACAAUUUACAACAGCAAGAAAUGUUAAAACACCUUCAAUACGUUUAAAAGAAGCAUUAUUAGAUAAUCAUUUAUAUUUACCAUCAUCAAUUAUUAUAGCACAACAACGUCGUUGUAUUGUUUUUAAAUUUGGUGCACAAAGA